CGCGCCGCGGUGACGUCAGUGCCGCGCGCCGCGGCAGAGGACACGGCGCCCGCCGGGCCAGGCCGCACCGGGAGCGGCACCGGGAGCGGCACCGGGAGCGGCACCGGGAGCGGCACCGGGAGCGCGGACAUGAGCGGGUACAGCCAGGACGAGAAGCUGCGGCUGCAGCAGCUCCGCGCCCUGCGGCGCCGCUGGCUGCGGGACCAGGAGCUGAGCGAGCGGGAGCCCGUCCUGCCGCCGCGGAAGCUGGGGCCGGUGGCCGCUUUCUGGGAGCGGUUCCUGCAGCCCGGGGGGCUCUGGCGGCAGCAGGUGUUCAAGGCCUACCAGGCCGGCGGCUUCUUCCUGACGCGGGUCCUGGUUCCCGCCUGGAUCAUCCUGUACUACCUGAAGUACCACGUCGUGAAAACCCCACAUGGGAUUGUCUCCUCAAACCCACGGGUGUUCCCAGGGGACAGAAUUUUAGAGACUGGAGAGAUUAUUCCACCCCUGAAAGAAGAGCCCAGUGCCCACCACUGAUGGUGAGAAGCUGAUUUCCUCCUUCAGCCAAGAGGGCCAGGCCUGCAGCUGCUUUCUCUCUUCUAUAAAAGAGCUUUAUUCUCCA